AUGGUGAUUUAUGGAUUUCUACGAGGUCUAUGUAUUACAGCUGGGUAUCAUCGCUUGUGGGCGCACAAAUCAUACUCAGCCAGCUGGCUUCUCAAGUCCGUACUUGCGGUAGUUGGCGCUGGUGCUGGACAAGGCGCCAUCAAGACAUGGUGCCGCGAUCACCGUGCUCACCAUCGCUACGUCGACACCGAUCAAGAUCCAUACAGUGCACAGAAAGGGUUUUUUCACGCGCAUAUUGGCUGGAUCAUAUUCAAGAAAGAUCAAGCAUCUGGUAUUACUCCCACAGGACGAGUAGACAUCAGCGAUCUGAAAUCUGACCCAAUUGUUGAAUGGCAACGGCGAUACUAUUGGCAAUUGCUACUCCUCAUGGGCUAUUUAUUGCCCACAAUUAUUUGUGGAUUAUUUUGGAACGACUGUCUUGGCGGAUUUUUCAUCGCAGGCUGCUUGGGAACUUCUGCUGUUCAACAAAGUACUUUCUGCAUCAACUCUUUUGCACAUUGGAUGGGAUCACAGCCCUUUCAAACCUCGAAGUCUCCACGCGACAAUCUAUUCACUGCUUUCCUGACUCUCGGGGAGGGAUAUCAUAAUUUCCACCAUGAAUUUCCCCUAGACUAUCGGAAUGGGAUUCGUUGGUACGACUAUGACCCUACCAAGUGGAUGAUAUGGCUAUGUGGUCAAUUUGGGCUUGCCUCUGAUCUCAGACGGUUUCCAUACAAUGAAAUCCAAAAAGGCAGAGUACAAGUAAAGAGGGAAAAAUUGAGGCAGGAAUCUGACAUGGUAGAUUGGGGGGUACCUCUUACGGAAUUGCCCGUCAUGGAAUGCGAAGAAUACCAACGACAAGCCAGAACAGGGCGUAACUUGAUUGUCAUCAAUGCGGUUGUAUAUGAUGUAUCAGGGUUUGUGACUCUACAUCCUGGUGGUGCUUCUUUGUUAACGGGUGCGAUUGGGAAAGAUGCAACAGACAUGUUCGAAGGUGGAAUAUAUGGUCAUUCAAAUGCGGCUAAAAAUCUUUUGGAUGGAAUGAGAGUUGCUGUGAUAAGAUAA